UUUUUUAUUCACCACUAAUGUGAUGGGUCGAUACUUCAGAGUCAACGAUAAAGUACAUCUGUGUAAAAAUUAUUUAGAAUAGUACAUUUACACGGUAUCGGAGGAAGAGGCUGGAACGCUGGAAUGGAAGAACAUAUUUCACCAAACAGCCACUUGGUUGAACCCUUGUCGGUCAGCAGGCGAGGCUCUCUGUGCAGGAGCUUUCUGGACAGCAUCAAGCGAAAUGACGUCGACGCUGUGCGGUCCCUGGCCGGAGAGAAUAAACCGGAGGACCCCCUCGCCUGUGACGAGCUGGGACGAACCGCGUUGGUUGUGGCUAUCGACAAACACAGCUACGAUGUGAUCAAGUGUCUCCUUGAGCUACAGUAUGACAUUGGGGAUGCCUUAUUCCAUGCUGUUAACAUUCAGAAUGCCACCGCUGUGCGCACAAUCUGCAAGAGUCUCCCAGAAUCAUGCAAGCUGGAUGCCAUCAAUGAAUUUCCAUCUGGCAACCAUUACCCAGCUGUCACGACUCCCUUGCUGCUCGCUGGCAGAACAAACAACUUUGAAAUUAUCAAGGUUCUCCUCAAGCACGGUGCCACGAUGCCCGACCUUAACGACCUCAUCCGCCGGGCAAAGAGUGACCCGUACCUGAGAUUCCUAGCAGCGCUCUAUUGGUAUGAAGCAGCCAGCAGCGAAGCUUACAUCCUGCUUACCUCAGACGACCCCCUGGACACCAUCUUCAGACUGGGGAGGUCAUUGCAAGAGGCAGAGGAAGCGUUGAAUGUUCCCCUGUUCAACAUCGAGAGCGAGAGGAUCCAAGGUAAGCUGGUGGACCUAAGUACCAAGUUGCUGAGCCUGGCCAGGGACAAUGACGAGAUUGGGGUGCUACUGCGUGGUGGAGAAAAGGGCACGCCCAGCCCCCAGGUGCCUCUCCGGAUCCAGCAAGCGUUAGACAUGGACAGCUUCAAACAGUUUGUGUGCCACCCAAGUAGUCAGGCCUACAUGUGCGCCCAGUGGGAAAUUCACCAUCCCCGUUGGUUUUCCAAGAAGCCACAACUUGUCCGUUCGUACCUCUUCAACAUCGCAGUUGUACUGCUUUACCCUGUCCUGUGCGUCGCCUACAUCUUGUUCCCACAGACGACUUCGCCAAUUAUGAAGAGACCGAAAAUCCGGUUCUUGAUUCAUGCUGGCUCGCGGUUGACAUUGCUGGCCAUACUUAUAGUCUCCACCAGGAGUCAGUGGGUGGAGGAGGUGGUGAGUGAAGAUAACAGCAAAGCAUCCAACAGAGAGCUCCUCCGUUUGUACAUUCUGUAUUCUGAACAUCGGCUUUCGCUGGUGAAUGCGUUCACAGUGAUGUGGAUUCUGGGUAUGACAGUCAGAGCUGUCAAACAGCUGUGGACCCAGGGUGCACCUUUCUACUUCAAGAAUGGCUGGAAUAUCAUGGAUUUCUUGCAGCUCAUCUUGUACUGGAUUUUUCUCAUUGCUGCUUUUGUCGCAUUUGUUAAGUCCCUUGUGGUAGCUGAAGCAGGAGGCAUUUUGGAAAGUCAUGGUGAUGUAGAGCAAGCCCCGUCAAACGUUGUCAACCUCAGCACUAGAACAUACCUACCCACCACUGAAAGUACCAGUAGGGUUUCAAUUCCUUAUGGAGCAGUAGAGGCUCCUGCUAAUGGAUCGCAUCGAGUCUGGCAUGGCUGGCAGGAGUUCCAGGCCCAGCUAAUCUCGCAGGGGGCCUUCGCCCUGGCUAACAUGCUCAGCUUCCUUCACAUUCUGCACCACCUGCUUGCCUUUGCUCUGCUGGGCCCCCUGCUGGUUUCCUUCAUCGGUAUGACCCGCGAUGUCCUCAAGUUCUUUGCCAUCUUUGGCUGCCUGCUGGUCACCUUCUCCAUCGGAAUGACCCAGCUCUACCACAAGUUUGAGGCCCUAGAUGUCCACUUCUGCAACCGUGACGGGGAGCCCUGCCAGGACACGCCAUUUCUUACUUUCAUGAAGUCCAUGGGCUCCCUCUUCUGGUCGUUAUUCAACAUGAUGGACUUGACGAAUCUUCAGAUUGGGAAGGGCCUUGCCUUGACCGAGUCCAUUGGCCUUGUCAUGUAUGCCAGCUUCAUGCUGAUUGGGUCCAUUGUCUUGCUGAACGCGCUCAUUGCAAUGAUGAGCAACACAUACACAAGGGUAGAGGAAAAUUCUGAAGUGGAGUGGAAGGUGGCGCGUACUCGGAUCAUGGUGGAGUACAUAAGCGAGAGUGCUUCCUUACCCCCUCCUUUCAACCUUGUACCCACCGUCAAGUUCAUGCUCUGGCUGUUCAGGUGUCUCCGCCGUAAGUGCCGCCGGUCCAGCGACUCGGGCUCUGAGACAACCCUAUAG